UUAACCCACUUGUUGUAAUUGUAUGAGGCCAGUUUCUUUUCUCAAUGGCUCUUUUUCUUGCUCAUGCUCUCUUUUCCUUCCUACUUCUGCUACCAACUUUUUCUGUUGCUCAAACCAAUGGUAAAAUAACUGUGAACCUUUCUCUGUCUACAACUGAUGACUCUCCAUGGCUUUCUCCUUCUCGUGAUUUUGCCUUCGGCUUUCGCCAGUCGUUCAACAGCCCAGAUUUCUUCUUGCUUUCUAUAUGGUACUACAACGUACCGGACAAAACCAUAGUUUGGCAUGCAAAGAUUAAUGGGGAUAAGCUUGCUCCAAGGGGAUCAAAGGUGAAGCUAACUGCGGAUCGAGGCCUAGUGCUUACUGGCCCUCAAGGCGAAGACUUAUGGACCUCUCAGAGCCUUACUGGUGAUGCUACCUAUGGUGUAAUGAACGAUACAGGCAACUUUGUUCUGGAAGAUGGCAAUUUCAAAAAGGUAUGGGAAAGCUUCCAGAAUCCUACUGAUACCAUCUUGCCUACACAGAUUAUGGAAAGAACAGGGGCGCUUUCUUCCCGCCAGUCAGAGACUAACUUUUCAAAAGGAAAGUUCCAGCUACGCUUCGAUCAGGACGGUAAUCUUGCGCUCAAUACCAUAAACUUGCCCACAGAUGAACCAAAUCCACCUUAUUACAAAAAAGAAAGCACUGCUAGUAAGCAAUUGGUCUUCAAUGAGUCUGGCGACUUUUAUAUCCUAAAAGAGAAUGACGAACGCAUCACCCUCGCACAGGGAAGUCUCUCAACUGGGAAUUUAUAUUUUAGAGUUACCCUAAACUUUGAUGGAAUUUUCGCUCUGUAUUCUCACCCAAAGACUUCCACAGGCAAUGAAAGGUGGACGGCCAUUUGGUCUGAACCUGAUAAUAUUUGCCUGGCUCCUGUGGAUUCUGUUAGUUCAAUGACCGGUGUUUGUGGGUAUAACAGUAUCUGCAAACUCAACCCACAAGAUAAAAGGCCGACGUGUGAAUGCCCAAGAAGAUACUCUUUACUCGAUCCAAAUGAUCCGUAUGGAAGCUGCAAGCCAGACUUCAUACAGCUCGGAUGCACAGAAGAUGAAGUUAAUUCCCAACAAGAUCUGUAUUAUUUAGAGCAACUAACAAAUACUAAUUGGCCAUUCUCAGAUUACAAUAAGUUAACGGCUUUUUCUGAAGAGAAAUGCAGAAAUUCUUGCUUGCAAGAUUGCAUGUGUGCUGCUGCAGUAUUUUCGACCAACAAUGUCUGUUGGAAGAAGAAGCUACCACUCUCCUUCGGGAGAUUUGACGAAAAUGAUGGGGGGAAGGUUUUUAUCAAAGUUAGGAAUGGUAAUUCCACACUACCUGGUCCUUCUUUCGGCUCUUUCCCAAAUCCACGCAAUGAGCCAGUGGAAAAGAAGAAGAACCAGGACGGUUUGAUCCUUGUACUGUCGUUGCUUCUGGGCUGCUCUGUGUUUGUUAUCUUUAUAUUGAUUGGCGCUACUUGUCAUGGAUUUUUCUACAAAAAGAAAGUAAGCGAUAUUGACAGAAAUGGGUCUGUCUUGCAAAUGAAUUUGCGUUGCCUUACAUACAAAGAGCUUCUAGAGGCUACAGAUGGGUUCAAGGAAGAAUUGGGAAGAGGAGCUUUCGGUAUUGUUUACAAAGGGGCGCUAAAGAUGGGUUCUAAUGUACUUCCUGUGGCAGUCAAGAAGUUAAAUAGCUCUGCACAAGAGAAAGAGAUGGAAUUUAAAGCUGAAGUGGAAAUUAUUGGUAAGACACAUCACAAGAAUCUGGUUAGACUGAUUGGAUUUUGUGAUGAGGGCGCGCAACGGUUACUGGUAUACGAGUUCUUGAGUAAUGGAACUUUAGCAGGUUUCCUUUUUGGAGACUUGAAACCAAAUUGGAAGCAAAGAGUCCAAAUUGCUUUUGGGAUUGCGAGAGGACUCUUGUAUUUACAUGAAGAGUGCAACACUCAGAUUAUCCACUGCGACAUAAAGCCUCAGAACAUACUUCUUGAUGAAUAUUACAACGCUCGAAUUUGUGACUUUGGAUUAGCAAAGCUUUUGAUGAUGGAUCAGAGCCAAACUCAAACCGCCAUUAGAGGAACAAAAGGGUAUGUUGCACCUGAAUGGUUUAGGAACAUGCCAAUCACGGCUAAAGUUGAUGUGUACAGCUUUGGUGUUAUGCUGCUAGAGAUCAUUUGUUGUCGAAGAAGCGUAUUUGUAGAAUCUGACAGAGAGGAUGAAGCAAUUUUAACUGAUUGGGCUUAUGACUGCUUUCGAGAAGGAACAUUAGAUGUUCUGGUAGAAUAUAACAUGGAGGCCUUGGAUGACAUGGAGAAGCUAGAGAGGUUUGUCAAGGUUGCCAUUUGGUGUAUUCAAGAAGGGCCAUCUCUUAGACCCACUAUGAGGAAGGUUAUGCAUAUGCUUGAAGGUGUUGUUGAUGUACCUAUUCCACCAUGUCCAUCUCCCUUUACCACUACAUGAAGUUGCAACCAGCAUUUAUCACUUGACAUUUUAAAGAAUUACAGUUUUUUUUUUUUUUUUUUUUUUUUUUAAAGCAUUUGCUCUGUUUUGUAAUCUAAUAUUAGUAUUAAUUUAGACUUAAGCUGUGGUUUGCAUAUGAAAGUAGGAUACAAACUUAAUUGGUGUGAGAAAUUGUUUUCUUUAUAUUAUUCAAUUGAGCA